AUGAUGCAGAUGGCAUACUACUUCAAGUAGGUUCAGAACGCUCUUUGAGACGAAGCUCAUACUAAUUUUAAUCUGGGUGCAAGGAUCCCUUUGUUGGCAUGGCCGUUGAUAGAGGUCAAGCUCUAGACUGAAGCGAGACUACGCCCCAAGUGGACGUUAUCCUCAAACGAAAGGCCGCGCCCAAGGCUGCGGCGAAGAAGCCCACACCUAAAGCUGUUCCUAAGAAUCUUGGUGCUAGGAAGCCUGUUGCUCCCCAGAAGGUUGCUCCUAAGAAGCCUACGCCCAAGAAGCCGCCAUCUAAGGCUGCUCCUAAGAAACUCACUCCUAAGAAGGCCGCCUCUAGGAAGCCUGCUACGAAGACUACACCUAAGGCUGUCCCAAAGAAAAUUGGCAGGAAGCCUACACCUAAGGCUCCUCCCAAGAAGUCAGCUACCAAGACAUCUGGCAAGAAGCUUGCACCCAAGGUUGCUCCUAAGAAGACAUCACCUAAGCACGCGGCAGCCAAGAAGUUCACGCCAAAGAAAAAUCAUGCCAAGGUUAAGCCAGGUACUCAGAAGGCUGGCAAUCCGAAGAAAAAUGCCGCCCCCAGGAAGUCUGUACCUAAGAGAGCUGGUGCUCGGACUAAAGCCGGCGCCAAGAAGGGUGAUGGCCGGCCCAAAGGCAAGAAAGCUUCUCCCAAGGCCUUCCCCAAGGAAAAGAAAGCUGCUGCAAGGCGGACCUCCCCUAAACGAAAGGCUAGUAACAAGAAUGGGGAUAUUAUGAAGGGGAAGAAGGCUUCUCGAGGCAAACCUCUUGUCAAAGGGAAACCCUUUUCCAAGCAUAAGGUUGCUAGCAAGGGAAAUUCUCCUCAAAGUGCUUUCAAGAGCAAGACUGCAUCCAAAGGCAACGCUGCUACGAAAGGGAAGAAAACUCCCAAGGGCGUAAAUACCAAGAGCAAGAACCCUAAGAGCAAGACUUCUUCUAAGGACACUAAGUUGCGAAAGGUUAAGGCUGCCAACCGGAAGAAGACUCUCAACAAAAAGAAGGCGACCGGUCAGAGGAAGACUGUCAAUCGGAAGAAGUAGAAUUCGGGAGAAGAAGCUCAAAGUAGCCAGACUCGAGACAGAGGAGAGUCUCGCUGCAAAGGAGAGACUCAAGAACAAGGAGAAGAUCGCCACAGGGGAGAGUCCCAAGACGGACCCGAAGGUUGACUUAUCUGAUAAACGCCUUAAUCAGAAUCCGGGUGGCUCAAAAGGAGCUCACAGCAUGUAUCUUGCAAUCACACCGAACCCGUUUCAUGAUGACGAUGAGAUAGACAGGAUCUUUACCAAAAAGGGGCGGCCGGUGCUUUAUCAAAAGAUAGGUGAUGGCAGGGAGACGCGAAUCGAGAGUUAUCGCACAGAGAACCCAAACUAUGCAGCCGCAGUAAGUCAUGGCCAAGAGAAAGGGGUAAUAGACAGAAAAAAAAAAUCAUAAGCAAUCGUCCAGGCAAAAAACAGGAGAAAGAGUUGGACCCCAAUGCCAAGGGAAAGGGUAAGUGCUACACCUAAUUUUGCUUCUUGUUUUCUGCAGGCUAAUGAUACAUGCACCCAGGUUUUACCGAGGAUAGGAAAUAUAUUGCACUCGACAAGCACGAACUUGAAGCCAAGGGAAUAUACGGUGUAGAUCCCUGGACUCAUGAUGAGAUGGAGGAAAAUGCGUAAGAUCCCCAUAUCGACUUCGUCAUCCAAAGCCUAGAAAAAUCUGACCUAACAUCAAAUCGCAGGCGAGAAAAGGUGAAGCAUUUCAAAAAUCAUAGGACAGGUGACACGAAUUCUGAGUGGUACAAACUCGAGAUGGAGAGUCAGAAAAUGUGCAGCACACAACAAGUCAGCAAGGGCCAUAGUAUUGUGUUCGAUGGUGGCAUGCCGCUCGAGAACGAUGCGGAUUCGGUCGUCUUGAAUUCGGGUGGCAGGAAUCCAGCUGGCAAGGGUCCGGCUGGCGAGGGUCCGUCUGGUGAGAAAUCGGGAGAUGAGAGUUCGGCUGGUGAGAAAUCGGAAGAUGAGAGUUCCGAAGAUGAGACUACGGGUGGUGAUGAGACUUAUCGCCCCUGA